AUGGACCUCCUUGUAGCUCUGGGGCUCUUGAUGGCUGGGUUCUGCCCUGCUGUUCUCUGCCAACCAGAUGGCUCAUUGGGAAGAAACACCGAAGUUCAGGAAGACCAAAACAAUGGGACACGAGUGAACAGUCUAACAAUGGCCUCUAUCAACACUGACUUUGCCUUCACCCUCUACAAGGAGUUGGUUUUGAAGAAUCCAAAUAAAAAUGUCAUAUUCUCCCCACUCAGCAUCUCAGUAGCUUUGGCCAUCUUGUCCCUGGGAGCAAGCAACAAUACCCUGGAAGAGAUUCUAGAAGGUCUCAAGUUCAAUCUAACAGAGAGCCCUGAGGCAGAUAUCCACCUGGGAUUUGAGCACCUCCUCAACAUGCUUAGUCAGCCAGGGGACCAGGUGAAAAUCAGCAUAGGCAGCAACAUGUUUAUUAAAAAGCAUCUGGAUAUCCUGGCAGAGUUCAAGGAGAAGGCAAGGGUACUCUACCAGGUUGAGGCCUCUGUGACUGACUUCCAGUCACCUCAUCAGGCCAAAAAACUCAUCAAUGACUAUGUAAGCCAACAGACCCAGGGGAAGAUCAAGGAACUAAUCUCACACCUGGAUGAGAGUUCAUUAGUGGUACUUGUCAACUACGUCUACUUUAAAGGGAAAUGGGAGAGGCCAUUUGACCCUUGUUUUGCAUUUGAAUCUAUCUUCUACUUGGACGAGAAGAGGACCAUGAGGGUGCCCAUAAUGAACAUUAAGAACCUAACCACACCCUACUUCCGGGAUGAGGAUCUGUCCUGCUCUGUGGUGGAGCUGAAGUACAGAGGCAAUGCCAGUGCCCUGUUCAUCCUCCCUGACAUGGGCAAGAUGCAGCAAGUGGAAGCCAAUUUGCAACCAGAGACCCUGAAGAAGUGGAAGGACUCUCUGAGGUCCAGGAUGAUUGAUGAGCUCUACAUACCCAAGUUCUCCAUCUCCAGUGACUACAGCAUAGAGGACAUCCUUCAACAGCUGGGCAUCAGGGAAGUCUUCUCUACACAGGCUGACCUCUCUGGGAUCACAGGGACCAAGGACCUGAGAGUCUCUCAGGUGGUCCACAAGGCUGUGCUGGACGUGGCUGAGACAGGCACAGAAGCAGUUGCUGCCACAGAAGUCAGAGCUAUGGGAUCAGCUCUAAUUUUGAACCCUCUGAAAAUGAAUUUCAGCAGUGUAUUCCUGAUGAUUGUCUCUGACACAAACAUUCAGACUCCACUCUUUAUGGCCAGAGUCAUAAAUCCUAAGGGAAACUAGAACUUUCCAAGUGGUGAGGCUUCUUCCUAGGAAUAGGGAUUAAGCCUGUUUGUGGGUGUCUAUGUGCAUUUUGGCCUCCAUGCUGAUUGGCUGUGGCAUUCCAGGAUGGACAGUAACAGUGACUAACUGUAUGACUCCCACAUGCACAGGAAUCCUUGGACAAUCAGUGUCAGGCUCCCAGUCCUCUCGGUAACACUGGCUCAAUGUUCCUGACCCUGAAAAUUGUCUUUGUGGCCUCUCCCUGCUGCCAAAGUAUCUGCCUCUGUCCAAAAGCCUGGGCAGAUAGGCUCAGUCUCUAUCUAGGCUCUGGUUAUGUCUGCCUUCAGCUUCCACAGGCUUAAUGGAACUAGGCAAA